AUGGCAACCCACACCGACGAAGAGUCUACUCUUCCCCCCAACAACCCCAUCAUCAUCAGCACCGGUGAAGUCCUCUCUCUUCUGGGAGCCAUCAUAACUCUGAAGCUUCUCCACGCCAUCGCAUUCCUAUUUCGCCUGGACAAGAGCCGCAGACGACCACUGAAAAACCCAGUCACUCGAGCUAUUGUUCGCCGAGAGCAACUGAUCAUUGAUAUUUUCUUAUCCAUCAUGCCCGAGGGUGUCUUCCGCUCGCCCACAAUUCGGGAUGCAAUCGAGAUAGCACCUUUUCCAGCAGUCGAUGGCCCUGCCGAUGAGAGCCGGAUAUCGUCUGAGGUGCAGAGUCCUCUUAUUCAUACCUCACCCGGUAUACCAACUGGAUUCCGUCUGUGGCAGUGUGGGUCAAGCCGCAGCGUGGAACCUUUGCCUCCCAGCCCUCAACUCUCAGGACCAGCAAGCCAAAGCAGCAGUACACAACGGUUACUCUGCGCCAACGAAGAAGAACAAAGACUCUUGUCUGUCACUCAUGCUGGGUCUCCUCACGUGAAUCAGUACAGCGUGUCUACUUUGGACCCAGAAUAUGCUACGUUCCGGGCUGAGAGACCGCGCUUGAGUCCUGUCGGUCGGCCGUGGUCUGUUGACCCUGUUGGGUCGGCCCUUGCGAACGACUCGCAUGCGACCUUGAAAAUAGAGGUGGUGUCAAGAUCUUCUCGGUCGACGGAGAGUUUUCCGGGAAGAUUUUCUAUCAGUGAAGGGUCGUAUGGUAAUACUUUGUCCAUGACACCCCUCUGUACAAGAGGUCGGAGUGCGACUUCUGUGCGGCCGUUUUCGGACCUGUCAUAG